CCAAGGAUGCGGAUUUUUCAUUUGCUAGGCCAACGUGCUUUUAAAUGUGGUACAGCGCUACUAUCAUCGCAGUUGGCCGCUAAAAUCUGGAUGUGACCGUUGUUCUUACCGCCAGUUUUGCGCUUCGAAAAGUUUAAUUCCAGUGCGCGAAUGCGUUUACUUUUUAAUUGAACUACAGACAGUGGAAUCAAGUUACACUUCUUAAUUGCUUGGACCCUCUCUAAUCCGUUAUUAAUGAACUACUAACGAAAGUAACAGUUACAGACGAUUUGAUAAAUAGUGGCUGAUCGUGAGACAGCAUACUACUUGAACAUGAUGAAUGGAACCUUGUGUGACGAACUGUAUAAAAAUUUCAACUACUCAAUUAAUGAAGAUUAUUGCAGACAUACAUUCGACAAUGAACUGUGUUGGCCUCCAACUAAAGCAGGGACAAACAUUACCCAACUUUGCCCCAGGAAAAAAGGAACCGACGUUACAAAAUUAGCAUAUCGAAUAUGUACGGACGAUGGACAGUGGGAUUACAACAAUAAAUCGGAUAUGAAGGAAAAAGGAUAUACAUACUACGACGACUGCUUUUUACCAAGAUUACGAGACCUAAUCAAUAUGUGCAAGGCGAUGGAAUUUGAAACAUGCCUUAAAAUAAGCACAAGAACAAGACAAAUAGAAAUGGUUGGACUCAGUUUGUCCCUCAUAAGUCUUGUAAUAUCUCUCUCUAUUUUCUGCAGAUACAGAAUUUUAAAAAACAAUAGAACAAAAAUUCACAAAAACCUCUUCAUUGCUACGUUACUUCAAGUGGUUGUUAGGUUAGUCAUCUACAUCGAUCAAUCAUUGGAACAAAGAAUUAUAGAGAAUGUGCCAUACCUAUGUGAAGCAUGCUACGUGCUCUUAGAAUACGCCAAAACGACUAUGUUUAUGUGGAUAUUCAUCGAAGGUUUGUAUCUUCACAACAUUAUAACAGUAACAGUAUUCCAGGAAUAUUCUUACAUGAAGUUAUACUUCUGGAUGGGUUGGGCUAUUCCUUUACUCAUGACGGCAGUGUGGGUUUUCACAAUGGUUUUUGCAGUCGAUAACAUUGGCUGUUGGUACCUCUACUACUUUUUACCUUAUUACUGGAUUUUGGAAGGCCCAAGAACUGCAGUUAUUCUUGUUAAUAUGCUGUUCCUGUUGAACAUUAUAAGAGUUUUGAUUGUGAAACUGCGCCAAAGUCACACCAGCGAAAUCCAGCAGGUUAGGAAGGCGGUAAAAGCUGCUAUUUUCCUGUUACCUUUAAUGGGCAUUGCAAACAUUUUAUUUGUCGUGGAUUUCCGGCUUUUUAAAAGUGCCUGGAAAUUUGCUCUGUGGUCUUACACAACUUUCUUCGUGACAUCCUUUCAAGGUUUUUUUAUUGCCGUUUUGUACUGCUUCGUAAAUGGAGAGGUCCGGAUAGCUGUCAGGAACAGCAUUACUGUUUACAUGUCUUUAAGAAAUCACAAUGGAAUUCCGAGGCGGAAUUCUGCCUUUGUUUCUGGCGUAACCGCGAUGGAACCCGAACAAUGACCACG